GGGGCAGGAGGACGAGAGAGAGAGAAAAAGUGCGAAACAGAGCGCGAGCGGUCGCGCAUCGAUCUGCACAGGCGCAUCGAGUUCUCCUGGCGGACGUUGGACACUUUUCACUUUUCACUUUGUUGUCUGGCUGACCAACAUGCUCGUCAACUAUUUGCUGCUGCUGGCGUUGAGCGGGUGGCGCUGUGACAUCACGGCGGCGUACGUCUUUCAGGCCAGCCGACCGGCUGAGGGCGGAGACGCCCCGCCCGCGCACACCAAAGUGGUGUCCGAGUGGGUGAGCUCGUCAGGCUCGUGCAAAGGUCGCUGCUUCGAGCUGGAGGAAGCCGAGCCGCCGGGGUGCCGUUGCGACAACUUGUGUAAAACCUACUACAGCUGCUGCUCCGACUUUGACCAGCACUGCCUCAAAACAGCGGGGCGCUUCGAGUGCCGUCCGGAGCGUUGCGGUGAGGAGAGGAAAGACGAGCACGCCUGCCACUGCACCGACGACUGCCUGGAGAAAGGAGACUGCUGCUCCAACUACAAGGCGGUCUGCAAAGGCGAGGCGUCAUGGCUCCAAGGAGACUGCGAGGAGAUCGUCAGUGCCGAGUGUCCCGCCGGUUUCGUCCGACCGCCGCUCAUCAUGCUGUCCGUGGACGGCUUCCGAGCGUCGUACCUGAAGAAAGGCGUGUCUGUCAUGCCCAACAUCCAGAAACUCAGAUCAUGCGGGACGACUGCUCCGUACAUGCGGCCCGUCUACCCGACCAAGACCUUCCCGAACUUGUACACGUUGGCCACGGGCCUCUACCCGGAAUCCCACGGGAUCGUGGGUAACACCAUGCACGACCCGGUGUUCAACGCCACCUUCAAUCUGCGGUCCCGAGAAAAGCUAAACCAUCGAUGGUGGGGCGGGCAGCCGAUCUGGAUCACAGCAAAGGAACAAGGCGUCAAAGCCGGAACCUUCUUCUGGCCCUGGGUCAUCGAACUGGAGAGACGCAUCCUCACUAUCCUGCAGUGGCUGAAACUGCCUGACCAACACAGGCCUUACGUGUACGCGGUGCACUCGGAGCAGCCCGACACCUUCGGACAUCGCUGGGGCCCGCUGAGCAACGAGCUGGACAACACGCUGCGGCAGAUCGACGGCGUGAUCGGUCAGCUGAUGAACGGCCUGAAGCAGAUGAACCUCCAUCGCUGCGUCAACGUCAUCGUCGUGGGCGACCACGGGAUGGAGGAGGCGCACUGCGACCGCACCGAGUUCCUCAGCAGCUACCCGCUCAACAUCGAUGACAUCACGCUCAUCCCGGGCUCGCUGGGCAGGAUCCGGCCUCGGGACCCCAAGUCCGGCAACUACGACCCCUGGCAGGUGGUCGCCAACCUGACGUGCAAGAUGGCGACGCAGCACUUCACGCCGUACCUCAAGCAACAUCUGCCCAAGAGGCUCCAUUACGCCAACAACCGCCGCAUCGAGGACGUGCACCUGCUCAUGGAGAGGAAGUGGCACGUUGCCAGGAAAAUGCCAGAAAAGAUGCGUCCGCGCUGCGGUUUCUUCGGUGACCACGGCUUUGACAACAAGAUCACCAGCAUGCGGACCAUCUUCAUGGGACACGGGCCCAGCUUCCGGUUCCGCACCCAAGUGCCCGAGUUUGACAACAUCGAGCUGUACAACGUCAUGUGCGACCUUCUCGGGCUGAAGCCGGCGCCAAACAACGGGACGCACGGGAGCCUGAACGCCAUGUUGAAGUCGCCGCCUUUCCAGCCGCGAAUGCCGGAGGAAGUGUCGCCGCCGGCACGGGACGAGGAGCCGGCAGACGUGCCGGCGGUCGCCUUUGACCUCGGCUGCAGCUGUGAUGACGAGAACAAAGUGGAGCCGAACGUGGAGGCUUUUGGCCCCGCCCAAGACGGCUUCUACGACUACAACGUGACCCAGCUCCCUUUCGGCCGCCCCGCCGUCAUGUUUGACGCUCGUUACGCUUUGCUGCGCCACUCCGACUUCAUCAGCGCGUACAGCCGCCAGCUCACCAUGCCGCUGUGGACGUCCUUCACGCUGACGCCGCAGGACGAUACGGUUCCUCUUGCGGAAGGCUCCGCCGGCAGCCCGUGCCUGCGGAGAGACCAGCGAGUGUCAGCCGAGCACGCCGCCAGCUGCGGCGCCUACGAGCAGAACCGCCUCCUCGGCUACGGCUUCCUCUUCCCACCCGAUUUGGCGUCGUCACCCGAGUCCAAAUAUGAGGCCUUCCUCAUCACCAACACGGCGCCUAUGUUUCCCGCCUUCACCAGAGUGUGGCGCUACCUGCAGGGGGCGUUGCUUCGGCGCUACGCACAAGAGAACCGUGGCAUCAAUGUGCUGGCGGGACCCGUCUUUGACUACAACUACGAUGGGCGCCGCGAUACCCUGGAGGAGAUUCAAGAGUGGUCUCCCGGCACGCCGCCCGUGCCCACCCACUACUUCACCGUGGUGACCGCCUGCCGCCGAGCCAACCAAACGCUGGACGAGUGCGACGGCGAUCUGCGCGUCUUCGCCUUCCUGAUUCCUCACCGCGACAACAACAGCGAGACCUGCAAGAGCGGAGACAGCGAGCGGCUUUGGGUGGAGGAGCUGCUGCAUCUUCAUACGGCCAGGGUCCGAGACGUGGAGAUACUCACCGGGCUGGACCUCUACCGGGCCAACAACCAGAGCUACGGCGCCGUCCUGAGCCUCAAGACGUACCUGCACACCUUUGAGACGGACGACUGACGCCGAAGCGUCCGGAAGCGUAGGCCCGGCUGACACCAAACCUCCCGGCACCCAAACGAGACAGACAGAAGACACCCGACCGACCGACCGACACCCGACACCCGACAGACGCGACGCAACCAACCGGCGG